AGGAGGAGCAGGAGUGCAGCUCAGGUGAGGGUGGGGAGAUCUCUGAGGUGAGGGGAGCAAUCAAGUACUAACGCACAGAUGCUCUAGAGCCUGCAGGAGUUCCAGCAUUGAAGUGGAGAGAAAUAAUGGCGGUGGUCAGGAUGCAGAGGUGGAGGGUUGGCGGGCAAAGCCCCUCCUGCCAGAAGAGGUGGGUGGACGGCGGGCAAAGCCCCACCGGCCAGGAAGAGGAGGUGGUGACGAGGAGAAAUAAGGGCAGCGGUUUUCAAGAUGGUGUGAGGUCAAGUUCAAACAGCCGGAGUGGCAGCCAUGACAGGCACGAAGAUCACACAGAUACAUCGGACAGCGAGUCGUUCUCCUUGCAGGUCCGGAAGCUCAACCAGCAGCCUCAGAUCCGCAAGCCAGGAGAGCAUGGCUAUGACCCCAACAGGUAUCGGCUACACUUUGACCGAGAGAGCCGAGAGGAGGUGGAGCGAAGGAAGAAAAUUGCCCGGGAGAAGAUUUUGGAGCCGAUGCCAGAAGCUGAGAUGGAGGUGGACAUAGAAGAUAUUUACAAGACUGGCUCAGUACUGGAUUUUCCCAGACGUCCGCCCUGGAAUUAUCAGAUGACCAAGGAGCAGCUGUUGGUCCGAGAGGAGAAGUGCUUCCGAGAAUAUUUAGAGAACAUUUAUAGUACAUUCCAGCCAAAACAGCUAAGUUACUUUGAGCACAACUUGGAGACGUGGAGGCAGCUGUGGCGUGUUCUGGAGAUGUCGGACAUCGUGUUGCUCAUUACAGACAUCCGGCACCCGGUGAUCAACUUUUCUCCAGCCCUUUAUGACUUUGUGACCAAGCAGAUGAAAAGAAGCCUCAUCCUUGUACUGAACAAGAUUGACCUGGCACCACCUGCACUGGUGGUGGCCUGGAAGCACUAUUUUAAAAGCCGGUUCCCUGAUGUGCAUGUGGUCUGUUUCACCUCUUACCCUCAACAAGACCAGGAUCCCAGUGCAGUGUUUAAGAAACGCAGGAAGCGGCGAAAGGGCUGGAGCACAGCCAUGGGACCUGAGCAGCUGCUGAAUGCCUGCAGAAGCAUUACUGCUGGAAAUGUGGACUUGAGCAGCUGGAAGGAGAAAAUUGAGCGGGAUGCAGCCAGUGCCCACCUGCCGCUUGAGGACUCGGAGGACUCGGAGGAAGAGGAAGACGAGGAAGAGGCAGCAGUACUAGUAGAGCACCAUUCAGAUGUGGCUAUGGAGCCUGGGGGACCUUCCCAUGAACUCUACAAGGAUGGAGUCCUUACAGUAGGCUGUGUAGGCUUCCCCAACGUGGGCAAGUCCUCGCUCAUCAAUGGACUGGUAGGCCACAAGGUUGUGAGCGUCUCCCGCACUCCAGGUCAUACCAAAUAUUUCCAGACCUACUUCCUGACACCCACAGUCAAGCUGUGUGACUGCCCUGGCCUCAUCUUUCCCUCCCUCGUUGUCAGGCAGCAGCAGAUCCUGGCUGGUAUCUACCCUAUUUCCCAAAUCCAGGAGCCCUACACUUCUGUGGGGCACAUGGCUGUUCGAAUUCCCAUCCAGGCCUUGCUCAAGCUGAAGCAUCCAGAUGUGGAACAUGGCAAACCUGAACCCCCCUGGUGUGCCUGGGAUAUUUGUGAAGCUUGGGCUGAGAAACGAGGCUACAAGACCGCCAAAGGGGCCCGCAACGAUGUAUACCGAGCAGCCAACAGCCUUCUGCGCCUGGCAGUGGAUGGACGCCUCUGUGUCUGCAUGCGGCCCCCGGGCUACACUUCAAAGAAAGCCAUGUGGGAGCAUCACCCUGAGACUGCCGAGGUUGCCGCUUUGCAGGAGGCUCACCGCCAUGACAGUAAGCGUAGCUCUGGUGAGGAAGAGGAGGAGGAGGAAGAUGAGAUCUCCAGCUCGGGAGAAGAGGAGGAUGACGAGAAAGACCGGGAUGCUGAUGAAGAAGGCGAGGAAGAGGAACCGCUCUCUGCACCAAAGAGUGGGCCCAGCCAGCCGGUUCCUUCCAGGAAGGGAAAGCUCGCUGGCCAAAACUUGUUUGCUUUGCUUGGGGAGGAUGAAUGUUAGCAGCUCUCCCUACUGGACAGACUGAGAGGGGACGGCCCUGCUCCCCGCAUCCCCCAUGUUCAUUCCCAAGCUCCAGAGUCGCUGUAUAUCAAUAAAGGUGAUGUUUAUUUCCUG